AUGACAGAACAUUUGGAACACUUAUCCAUAGUGUUUGAACUCUUGCGAAAAUAUCAGUUAUCUGUGAAGGAAUCUAAGUGCACUUUUGCACAACCAUCAAUAGGUUAUCUGGGCCAUGUCAUUUCUUCUGAAGGUGUUGCAGUGGAAAGUGAUAAGAUUCAGAGUGUUCUGGAUUGGCCAGUCCCAACAACAGUUAAAAGAUUGAGAGGAUUUCUUGGAUUGGCAGGCUAUUAUCGAAAGUUUGUUAAGGAUUUUGGGAAAAUCAGUGCUCCAUUAACUAAGUUGUUAAAAAAGGACUCAUUCAUAUGGACUGAUGAAGCUACUGUUGCUUUUCGAGCACUACAAUAG